UACAAAAUUGUGGAAAGAUCUGUUCCAAUUUACAUCCGAUUUCAAGCUAAAAUGGCUGUUUCGGCCACAUCAUCAGGGUCUAAGAGCACCAUAAAGAUUGUGGCCAACAUUUUUAUAUCAUUCAUUGGGGCAGGUGUCCUUGGUUUGCCGUUUGCUUUCAAGGAGGCCGGUGUAAUAGAAGGCAUUCUAGUCAUGUCAGCUGUAGGACUUGUUAGUGUAAAAGCAAUGCUCUUAAUCAUAGACUGUAAAUACAAGCUGAUCAAAAAGCACCAACUUUCGCCGACACAUAAAAAGGACCCUGGUGGCAGCGAUAAGAAGCUCAUAAUCGAUGUGACCACAGAGCGUGGGACCGGGGAGGAAAAAUGUGAUCUGUUGAGGGAACAAAAUGGCACAGUCAAGGAAGAUCCCAUGAUACCAGAGGCCCCAGGGCAAGAGUUAUCCUACGGCGAUGUUGGAUUUUAUGCCAUCGGAAAAUCGGGACGACUUCUGGUUGAUGUGGCUAUUUUGGUUUCACAAGUCGGUUUUUGUUGUGCCUACCUCAUCUUUAUACUUGAAAACUUGUCAGAUUAUAUAAAAGGAGUUCCUUUAUGGGGCUGGUUACUCAUUCUCCUGCCGCCGUUAUAUUUGCUCACCCUCCUCAGACAUCUGAGCAGCUUGGCUAUUUCAAGUUUGUUUGCUCAGUGUUCUAACCUGAUGGCAUUUGGUGUAGUUUUCUGGUUUGACUUGGAGCACCUCUAUAAAGUAGAGGUGCAUCCCAAGAGUAUGUCCAUAUAUGGUCUUCCAUUCUUCCUGGCCGUCGGCAUAUACUGCUAUGAGGGUGCAGGUAUGAUCCUCUCGCUGGAAUCCUCUAUGGCGAAAGAAAUUCGACAUAGAUUUAAAUGGUUGUUCAUGUCAACUAUGGUUAUCGUCACGCUGCUGUAUAUAUCAUUCGGAGUUUUUGGUUAUCUUUCAUUUGGUCCAGAAACAAACGCCAUCAUCACGCUAAAUCUGCCGAAGGGGUCCUCGUUGGAUUUUGCAAUCAUGGUCAAAUCCUGCCUGUGUCUUUCAUUAUUUUUUACAUACCCAGUCAUGAUGUUUCCUGUGAUGAGAAUACUAGAAAGAAAAUUAUCGAUGGAUCCGAAUAAACGAUGGCCUGGGAAUGUAUUGCGGUUCUUGAUGGUAUCUCUAACAGGCAUGAUAGUCAUGGUCAUACCCAACUUCGCCAAUCUAAUGGCAUUGAUUGGUGCCAGCUGCUGUACUCUCCUUGCAUUCAUCCUGCCAGGUCUUUUCCAUAUGUUUAUUUACAGGGGGACGUUAACCAAAUGGCAGUGGUUUGUGGAUGUUUUCCUCAUAUUGAUGGGCGUAGUCGGUACCAUAAUAGGAAUGUUGGAUACAUUCAGAAGACUCCAAGUCCAAGGAUAUUCUGCUCACGACGAACGAAUCAUUGCUCAAAAUAUAUCGCAUAUUAUGAUGACGUCGACUUCAACGAUGCCAGCUACGACUCUGAUAGUACCUACGACACAGUAGAGGUUUCCUAAGAGCAGGCGACAUAGUAUUCACCAAGUCAUUUUCACCCUUGUGUUUAACAAUACAAAACAUGACAUGACAUACUAUGUCAUGUCUUGAAAACAUGACAUAAUAUGUCAUAACGUGACAUGACAUAAUAUGUCAUGUCACGUUUUCAAGAGCGUGGUUGUUACAUGUGACACGUGAUACAUCAUAAUGUGGCAUGUGUCAUCAUGAAUCCUAUGUAAAAUUGUUGAAGGAGUUUUGUACAACAAGGACUAUGCUGUCUCAAACAUACAUGUAGACGGGUGUGAUUAGUACAACCAGAACUACACCGUCUAAAACAUAGACGGGCGUGAUGUAGCGGUUAAUGUUUUAGCCAUUGUGACAUGUAACAAGUGAAAGGCGACAAUUGUUGCGACAUGAUGAAUCUUAUGUAAACCAACUGAAGGAGUUUUGAUAUUACUCAUUACAACCAUGAAACAUACAGGGGCAUUUCAGUGUUAUAGCUGUUAUACAUGUAGCUUUAGCUAAAAUUUUAGCGUUAUACGUCUAGCUGAAGCUGAAAUUUCAGCGUUAUAGCUGAAUAUUAGUCUAAUGUGACCAAGGGGUACAUAUUAUUUUUCUUACACCUGUGUAGUGUAUUGUCCUGUACAAUGUGGUGAUUUGGGACCAGGAUCAUGCGUUCAAAAGUUUGUUAAAAUUUGUGUGACCUUUUGUAGAUGGCCAGCUAAAUGUUGUUAGGAAUUGUGAGUACUGGUCUAUAUGACCAUCAGAACAUAAAUAACACAAAGCCAUUGCUGAUAUUCAUGGUCCAGCAUAGUUUUGUCAGCUCUAUGUUCUUCAAAAAUAUUCUCAAUACCGUGUUAGCGCAGAAAUGAGUGUUUGAAAUUAACGUAUUUGCAUCGUGAUCUUAAAUCUAACAACUUGCUGCCAAGGUCUGGCAGAAAGAUAAAAUACAGCUGCUCAUAGUUGAGAAACAAAAAGUAGAACAUUUAAUGAUACGAAGAAAACUUCAGUGUCUGAAAAUCAUGGAUCUGUUAUCAUUGGGGAAGUCAUAUACUGCUUUUCCACUUGCUAUUCAUUUUGUCAACCUUGGAAAAUGUAUUUAAUACUGAAAAUCAUAGUCGUGUGAUGAUACAUGUACAAUUUGUACAGUUUUGUGUCUGGAGCCGUUUUGUAUUCAAAAAUGAAUCUGGUUUUGGGGAUCUCAUUUUUUGCGUUACUGAAAAAUAGUGACCAUGGUGACAGAAAAUAUUGAUCAUGCUGAAGAAGUGAAGCGGUACUGUAAGCCAUGAUAUUUUUGUGAGUGUUUUAUUUUCGCAAAU